AUGGCCGGGGACGUGGAGGCCGCCUGGCCGGAGCCUGGCCGGGCUCAGGCCUCGCUGGUCACACUCAGCUGCUUAGCUGGGGGCCCUGGGGACCCCCCACACCGCAUCUCCACCCACCCCUUGCCCAGGCUGGCCGGAGCCGGGCUGCCCAAGACGAUGCUGGCAGGAGCCCAGCGGAGGCUCUGGGGCUGGAAGACUGAAGGGCCAGGGACCCAUGCCCACCCCCGGGACUGCCGAAAUGUCCUCGUGAGGGGCUGUGGCCUGGAGGCUGCAAGUGUCUGGAAGUGGACGGACUCUGGGGAGCGGGUGGAGCAGGGGAGUUCCCAUAAGUCUUGGAAUUGUUUGCUUCCUGGUUCUGAGCCCUGGCUGCAGGGAGGAAGGGCCUCUCCAGAACAAUGGCCGGAGCCAGCCCUGAGGGGCAGGCCUGGGCAGUGCUGCUGCCCAGAGGCCAGGCCCAGCAGGCUGUGGCCAGGCUUGCCUUCUUCCUUUGUAGAUGCAGCAACCUGUCCUGGAAGCCUAGACUGUGCCCUGAAGAGGCGGGCUAGGUGUCCCACGGGUGCUCAUGCCUGUGGACCCUGCCUUCAGCCCUUCCAGGAGGAUCUGCAGGGGAACUGUGUGCCCAGGACGCGCCGGCCUCCUGGGGAGGACCUGCCCCAGCCCAGACUGGAAGAUGAGAUUGACUUCUUGGCACAGGAGCUAGCCCUCAAGGAAGCCAGGCACUCGAGGCUCACAGCUGGGCCCCUGCCUGAGGUCCAGCAGCGGCUCCUGGAGCCUGCAGCUACCCUGGGCUUCUCCGAGAGGGGUCCGGGAGCCCAGCCCAGCCUCCCUGUCACUCGUGGAGCCUCUCUACCCACGCCCCGCGCCUCCUUGGGUUCCCCGGUAUCGUCUGGGCCUGUGCACAUGGCUCCCUUGGAGACUGGUGGGGGGCGCGGAAGCGGCCUGGCCCUGGUGCUGAUGGUGGCGUUCUGCGUGGCCGGCGCGGCCGCCUUCGCGGUGGCGGCCCUGUGCUGGUGCAGGCUGCAGCGAGAGAUCCGCCUGACUCAGAAGGCAGACUACUCCACUGCCAAGACACCUGGCUCACCUGUAGCGCCCGGGAUCUCGGGGCCUCCCAAGGACCUGGACUCAGCGUCGGACGAGGAGAACGAGGACGGGGACUUCACGGUGUACGAGUGUCCAGGCCUGGCCCCGACCGGGGAGAUGGAGGUCCGCAACCCGCUCUUCGACCACGCCUCGCUGUCCGCGCCCCUCCCGGGCGGGCACUCGCCGUCCCCGCUGCAGUGACCCCGGCCCCAGCCGCCUGCGCGCCCGCGCCUGCGCCCGCGGCGGGAGAGAGGCCGGGCCUCCGCCUGGAUGGGGCUGUGGGAGGCCCGAGGAGAUCCCCGCUUGUGCUAGGAGACCCGUGCGGCCUUGUACCCCCCGGCCCGGGGAGGUGGCUAGGCAGGAUGGGAAGUUCUGGAGACAGAAGCCAAUUA